AUGAAGCAGAGAUAUUCUUCUUUAGACGUAAAGGUCAUAAGCCGCGAGCUCUCUGCCAGCAUCCUUGGCCUGCGAAUAGCCAAUAUCUACGAUCUGUCGCCACGCACGUUUCUGUUCAAACUCGCCCUUCCCGAUAUAAAGAAGCAGCUCAUCAUCAAUGCUGGUUUUCACUGCCACCUCACAGAGUCAUCCCGCACAACAGCAGAUGCGCCGUCUCAUUUUGUCAGUCGGCUCCGAAAGUUCCUGAAAACGAGACGCAUCACCGGGGUACGACAGAUAGGCACCGACCGAAUACUUGAGUUUGAGAUCAGUGAUGGGCUAUUCCGUUUAUACCUGGAAUUCUUUGCAGCUGGGAAUCUCAUCUUGACAGAUGCCAAAUAUGAGAUUGUUGCACUUUUACGACAUGUCGCUCCUGGAAGUGACAUCGAGGAGGUUAAAGUCGGCAUGUCGUAUAGGUUGGAAAGCAAGAUGAAUUAUAAUGGCAUCCCCCCGCUUACCGUGGACAGGCUUAAGGUCGCGCUGGGGAAGGAUAACGGGUCAAAGGUCUUGAAGCGGAGUUUAUAUUUUGGAUUCCCAGAAUACCCGCCUACGCUGUUAGAUCAUGCUUUUCAUGUAGUUGGCUUCGACUCGAAACUCCAACCUGCUCAGAUCCUGACUGAGACCACCUUGAUAAAUCGCCUGAUGGAUGUUCUCCACGAGGCUGAUCGGGUGAACAAUGCCUUGUCCUCUGACCGCCAGCACCCCGGCUAUAUCAUAGCUAAGAAUACCGCGCCCGGCUCUUCAGAUGGUGCAAAUGGAUCAAAGUCAGCCCCUGUGAUCGAAUUUAGGGAGUUCCACCCUUUUGAGCCUAGUCAAUCGAAGGACGUCCCCAAUACCACUACGCUACAUUUUGAGAACUUUAACAGUGCGGUUGAUAAAUACUUCUCUUCGAUAGAAGCUCGAAAACUAGAGUCGCGUCUGACAGAGCGCGAAGAUACGGCGAGGAAGAAACUGGAAGCCACGAAACGAGACCAUGAAAAACGAGUCACUGCUCUGCAAGAAAAGCAAGAAUUCCAUGUUCGGAAGGCCCAUGCUAUUGAAGCCAAUCUUUCACAGGUAGAGGAGGCGAUCAAUGCCGUCAAUGGCCUGGUGGCACAGGGUAUGGACUGGGUUGAGAUCGCUAGCAUUGAUAUUGACCUCGGAAUUUCUCCAUGGGCUAAUGCUAGACAGUACUACGAUGAAAAGAAAAUCGCCGCAGUUAAAGAGGAGAAAACUCUGCAGGCUUCUACAAAGGCUAUCAAGAGCACCGAGAAAAAGGUGAAUGCCAAUCUCAAACAUGCAUUGAAGCAGGAGAAACCAGUUCUUCGCCGAACAAGAACUCCAGCAUGGUUCGAAAAGUUCUUCUUUUUCAUUUCCUCAGAUGGUUAUCUUGUUAUAGGCGGGAGAGAUCCACAGCAAGGUGAGAUACUAUUUCAGCGCUAUCUAAGGAAAGGAGACAUAUACGUCCAUACGGAUCUAGAGGGUGGGGUUCCUUUGAUUGUAAAGAAUAAGCCUGAGACCCCAGAUGAUCCUAUUCCUCCAAAUACGAUCUCACAAGCGAGCACAUACUCUGUUGCCUCAUCGAAAGCUUGGGACACAAAAGCGGCAAUGGGUGGAUGGUGGGUUCAUGCAGCUCAGGUGUCAAAGAUGACUUCUACGGGGGACAUUCUUAAAGCUGGCCAUUUUAUGAUAAAGGGUGAGAAAAAUCAUCUACCCCCUGGCCAGACUGUGCUAGGGUUUGCGGUACUGUUCGAAAUUUCUACUCGAAGUGUUCAGAACCAUACAAAGUUCCAGCUGGCUACGUCGGAGGGGUUGGAGACAAAUGAUCAAUCUACUUCCAACACUUCCGGCGUACCCCAGGUAGAUCCUGACCAGUCGGAUCACCAGGAUGAUGUUACUCAAGAACGUGCAGAUACGUUGGCAUCUAAUCUAUCUGAGGGGGAAGAGGAAGAGAAUGGGAUGGAAGAUAUAUCUGUGGAAGAGAGUACAAGGGCUGUGCAACUUGGCGAAAAGUACGAUGCCAACGUGAGGCAGGAGGAGUCACAAGAAGGCGGGGAACAAGCCGCCCCGCAGGUCGAGAAACAGGCUGCCUCAAAAAUCACUUUGAACGAAGACGAAGUGGAAGAUCCUUCUGACCAGUCUGAGGAUGAAACCCAGCCAUCAACGCCCUCGCCGGCCCAAGAUUCACCGUUAUCGACACCAUCCCUAAUUAGCUCAGCAGGGACUCAGAAAUCUAAGCCUCCCAUUCGCGGCAAACGAGGGAAGGCAAAAAAACUAGCCACUAAAUAUAAAGAUCAGGACGAGGAAGAUCGCAAGCUUGCUCUUCGUUUAUUGGGUUCCGCCCCCGAGACUUCCACAGCCAACAAAACGAAAACGAAAGCCGAUAUUGAAGCCGAGCGCGAGGCGCAAAAGGAAAGGCGUAGAGCACAGCAUGAGCGUGCAUUGCAGGCUGUCAAACGACAACAAGAGGCCUUUGCACGGCAUCCUACAGAGGAUGGCUCUGGGGAAGACCAUAAAAUUGACUUGUCAUUACUGCCUACUCUUGUGGGAACACCCGUGGAAGGCGAUGAUAUCGAAGCUGCGAUCCCUGUAUGUGCUCCAUGGUCAGCACUUGGACAGUAUAAGUACCGAGCCAAGCUACAACCCGGAAAGAUAAAAAAGGGAAAAGCAGUCAAGGAUAUACUGGGCAAGUGGAUUCACGAUGCCACCGUGUUACAGACUCGCUCUACCGGAAAGAAACCUGCGCCUACGGAUAAUUCCGAAUCAGUAGAGGAUGCAACUGAGGAGGCUGCGGAAAAUACUGAGGAUGCAAACCAUAUACUUUCUAUGGAGCUAGAUUGCAUCAAAGCAUGGAGAGAGGUUGAAGUUAUGAAUACGUUACCUGUUGGUGGAUUCACCAUCGUUUCUGUAGCUGGUGCUGGAGGGUCAAGUUCGGGGGGCGUUGGGCCCAAAGGCGCGGACAGCAAGGGAAAAGGCAAAGGUAAGAAAUCUGGAGGCGGUAAGGGUGGUAAAGGAGGGAAAAAGAAAUAA